AUGCCUUUCCGUACCGCCUACCGGCAGCAUGAUGUCUCUCAUGACUUUCAUAAGCAGCACAGUUUCCACGGUGGCCAACCCCAACUAGCCACCAUUGUUGAUCCCGACUCAGUCGAUUACCGUGGGUGGCAUGAGAUGGAUUUCACCACCAUGCCCCUCAGCUCAACCACAACCUCAGCUCCUCUGCAAAAGUACUCGGCCAACAUGGACACGGACGUGGGCUCACUGGCCUACCUACGCUCUUCGAGUCAUCGCGAGCACUCGAAUGCCUCCUCUCAGCAGCAAUCUCCCGAGGCGCAAACCACCCUCUCAGGAGACCUCUACACCACCGGACCCUUCUCCUAUUCUCAGAUGCUCAGCAUGGACUCGGAUCUCUCUCCCAUGGACCAGUCCAGCCUCAGCAGCUCACGCACCGACUGUGAUUCCAACAUGAUGAACGACGAUAGCAGUCUCACAACCGUGGCCCUCUCAGGCUCCGACUCUAUCAACGCCUCUCCGCCUGUUUCUUCCUUGAACCCUAUCGCCGUCUCGCUUUCAACCAAGUCUGACCCGACAGAGAAGCUCUGUCCCCUGAUAGCGGGACAAGUCGACAGCUGCCAGCCGCAGCGUUGUGGUCCGGAUGCUCCCUGCAUGAACUUCACCACGUUGCCCCCCAUCGAAGAGUGCACGUCUGUUCCGUGUAUCACUCAAGAAACCUCUCCCAACGAAACUAUGAUCACCAGCGACAGUGUCUCAGUUUCACUACAUCAACGACCUAGUAUGAGCUCGAGGACCAGCAGCGUGACCACCGCCCAGUCCCACCGCGGCUCCUCCGCCUCAUCCAACGAGCAUCAGGUCCAGUCAGUGCCACUACCUCCACGACGCUCAACAGCUGGAGCCGCCGCCGCCGCUCGUCGCCGAGCCCGGAACAGCACCAGCACUAACACCAACAUCAACGCCUCUGCCACGAUGAUGAUUGCAUCUGAUGAUGAGGAAGAGGAACAAGUGACGACCAAAAGCACCGCUCCUUCCAAAUCUGACUCCAAGCAACGGGCGAAGCAAGCCCAUUCUCUCGUCGAAAAGAAAUAUCGAGAAAACUUGAACGCGAAGAUUGCCCAGCUCCACACCACGCUCCAGUCGUCACAUUACGGCCCAAAGACAGGCGAGGAAGGCGACAGCGAUACGCCCGGAAGUGCCCCCAUCCCAGCUAGUAAGGUCCGCAAGAGCGACGUCCUGACUGAAGCUAUGAACUAUGUCAACCAGACGGAAGUGGAGAUGCGUCACAUGGAGAAUGAAUUACAAAGAUUGGGCGAAAGAGUCCGAGUGUUGGAGAAGCUGGUCCGAUGUGAGGACUGCAGUUUACUCAAGCAGAUGGUGAAUCUGCAAGUUCAGCCCGUCGGAUGA